GUGACCGAUGCCAUUAUUAAUUUGCAAUGGAGUAGUGUGGUCGAUUCUAUAUAGACUAAACUCUAUAUCAUUUCAUUUUCAUUCAUGAUUAACUUUAUACACAAAAUUCAUAUUUACUGGACUAUCAAUAUCUUUCAACAAUGAGUAGUCGAAAGCGACCAGCGCGACAUGAUCCAAAUGAUCCAAUGCAUUGGACCAAAGAACAGUAUGUUACCCAUUUAAAAAGUAUGGGGAUUACAGUGAAAUCUACUUGGAGAUUAGACAUGAUUCGACAAUUGUAUUUUGUCAAUCAAAAGGACUUAGCAAGUUCAACAGAAAGUGGUCAAAAUGGUUCUACGGAAUCAAGUAAUACAGAUGAAGUGACAGUUGCUGCCGAAAAUCAACCUAACGUGGACACUGAUCAACCAGUAAAUGAAAACAAUACAAUGUCACAAACAGCAGACAUGCUAAAGGAUUCUACUUCCGCACUAAAGUCGGCAAAUGAAGCUAUGUCGGCUAUGUCAUCUAUGGUUGUAGGACUUCUAGCCAAUAAAGAUGCUUCAUCAAACAGUAGUCUGCAGAAUCUAAAGUCAAACUAUGACUUUGCCUCGGCAUAUCAAGCCACAUACGGACACAUGACCCCAAUCUCUUCUGUAAAUGCGGAACAAACCUUCCAAAGACAAGUUGACACUUCUAAAGGGAUUGUUUUUGCAGAGGACCUACCAAAAAUGGACUACGUGUCUACUUCUUUAAGAAAGCAAAUUCUAGAAGACGUUCCGGAAAGAAGCGCCGGAAGCAGAUGCACAAGCCAUGAUUUGUCCGCACUUCUCACUCGUAAUGUGGAAUUGACUAAUAGUGUAAGUUGUUUACUCAAAACUUCAAUAGCUCCCAGAACACGUACGCAGUAUGAGUGUGGGUAUUCUGCCUAUGCAACCUUUUUACGAAUGACUGGAGUGAUUUGGCUUAUUUCAGACAUGCCUCCGUUAACUGAAGAAUCUCUUAUUCAUUUCGCUACGCAUUGUUUUAAAAACUUGCACUUGAAAUGUUCUACUAUUAAAAUGUAUAUAUGUGGAAUACGAUAUAAAUACUUAGAGAAUGGGAAGACUUCAAUAUUUAGCGGCAGUUCUGAUAAACUUUAUCGACUCGAUGCGUUAUAUAGAGGAAUAAAGAAAAAUGAGAAAAAAUCAACAAAACCUAGACUGCCAAUUACCUUCACGGUACUCAAGGACAUUUGUCAGUUGUUGAGGAAAGGGUAUUAUACUCCGUAUGUAGACAUUCUUCUGGAAGCAGCGUGUGUCACGGCAUAUUUUGGAUUUCUCCGAUGUGGGGAAUUUACAGUAUUACAUUCGUUUGAUUCAGAAUGCAAUGUGAGUAUCGAAGAUAUCCGAUUCCUUAAGGAUAAAGUUACCUUUCAUUUGAAAGCUUCGAAAACAGACCCAUUCCGUGAAGGUGUUGACAUUCAUUUAUUUGCGUCGGGAGUUUCUGUUUGUCCAGUCUUAUCUCUGGAACGUUACAUGGACUAUCGUUCUAGGAAAUUCAAAGAUAGUAAAUCACAAGACGCUUUCUUUGUGAUGGAAAAUAGGAAAGCUUUAACACGAAACUACUUCAUUUCUUCUCUAAAGAUUAUACUUGCCGUACUUGGAUACAACUCAGACUUAUAUAAUGGUCACAGCUUUCGCAUUGGAGCAAGUACCACAGCAGGUUCAAAAAUUGAAGAUCACCUUAUUCAGACACUCGGACGGUGGAGUUCACAGUGUUAUACUCGCUAUAUCAGAACAUCUUUAUCAACGAUACAGCAAGCUCAACAAGCAUUACUCGAAUGAAGAUUUAGUGUUUAUUGUACAUAGGAAUAUUUCAAUCGCAUACGUUUUUAUCUUGAUUUAAUAUUGUAAGUGCCUUAGAGUAUAUAUAGACUGUUUCAUUACCACAUAUCAGUUCAUCGUGUUUAUGAGGUCAACACAACGACAUCAAUUGCGUUUUUAAUCAGUGUUUCAGGGGCAUAAUAAUCC